AUGGAAGGGUGCAGGCACUCCUCGCUGGAGAUCCUCAGCACUCGCGGCACGCAUCGUGUGGUCUUUGCGGAUGCUGCCAAGGCCGAGUUGCGACGCUAUGUCUUGGUGUCCAAGGCAGAGAUUGAGGUGGGACCCAGCUUGGAAGAGGAGAACUUCCAUUGGAUUUUCGCCCUGGCACCUGGAGGCGGGACGUCCAUUGUCAUCUCCAUUCAGAGUCAGUACUGGGUCUUCGCUUCGCCCUGUGCAUAUCUCACCUUCGGCUGGCUGCCAGCAGAUGACCCAAAGCUCCUCAGACUGCCAGAGGGCUCAGCCGAGUUUUUGGCCGUGACCUUUGAAGCAGGAUGGCAAUCAGAAGAUUCUGUGGCCUUCAUUCCUGAGGUGGAGGAGAUCCCUGCGGCGCUGCGGGGGUCCUAUAAGGAGUUCUACCACGCUUAUAGCGAAAUUGAUGGCUAUCAACUGUUCUUUGAGAGCAAAGGCUUCAAGGGAUCCGCGCUGACCUACGGGGAGAGCCAUUUCAAACCCAUCUUAGACAUCCUACAACGCCUGGAGGUGGGGCCGAAGGACAUCUUGCUGGACCUGGGCUCCGGCACGGGUCGUGUGGUGCUGGCGGCCGCUUUGGCUUGCCCCUUUCUGAAACUCUGCCGCGGCAUCGAACUUCUUCCCUCGCUCCAUGGCGCCGCGCAAGACGCCUUGGGUCGCCUCUGCGGCGCGCGAAUCGCGGCACCGGUGGAGUUGAUCUGCGGGGACCUCGUGGAGGAGGACUGGUCAGAUGCCACUGUGGUCUUUGCCAUGUCUCUCUGUUUCCCUGAGGAAAUGAUGGAGGCUUUGGAGCAAAAGUUCCGUCAGCUGAGACCCGGAAGCUACGUGAUCUUAAUGCAUUGCUUCAUGGGAGACGCCAGCUGUUUGGUCCCUCAUCCACGAGAGGGAGAGCACGCUGUUCGCCUGGAGAUGUCAUUUGGAGAAACGCCUCUCUACAUCUUCAAACGCAGGCCAGUUCUGCUGGACGAAAUGGAUUGA